ACUGGUAGAGGAUACAUGCCAUUCACCAACGAUUCGGAUAUCUUCGACUUCACCAAAAACAUGCGGCCCGAUGAAGCGAUUGUAAUAUUUCAGAACGUCUCGGAAGGUACCUGGCCAAAAAAGCUCAACUACACGAUCCGAAUGAAGACUCCCUUCAAGACGCACAUGACCACAGCUAUGGACGGCGGCUUGAUGCCUCACCAACGGUUUGGAGCGAUGUACGAGCCUUUCAUGCGACUCCAAUGGGCCAUAGACACCAGCUACAUUCAGAUACUGACCGGCAAACCAGUAGAACAGAAUGUGGUCUUGCAAGAGUUCCCAUACGUGAAGUUCUCCAAAAGCGACUCCGCCGAGCUAGUGACUGCAAUCCUGUUUCCCGUGUGCUGGCUGUCCUUGUUCGUCAACUUCGUGUUCCUCAUGACGCGGCUGCUGCAGGAGCGAGCCAGCGGGAUACAGGAGCUAAUGAAAAUGAUGGGCGUCUCCACCAAUGUCCUCGGCAUGACUCACGUAUUCAACGUCAUGGGUCCGUGCCUAGUUUACUCAGUGGGCGGAACCAUACUGCUAAAAACGGGCGACUACACGCUUCUAGAAAAAUCCAACGGAUUCCUGAUAUUCUUCGCGCUGUAUUCACACUUCUUCGCCACUAUCGCGAUGGCGUUCGCUUGCAGCUACAUCGCUAAGAGCACACAAUACAUCAUAACCCUGGGGACUCUCGCCUACGUAGUGCUAUGGGCGCCUGCUAACCUUCUCUACCAGAACAACAUUCCGAAAUCCCUAGUACUGGCCACCGGCUUUCUGCCCUACGCGCCUAUGGGCUGGAUUUGGGCGGAGAUUGGUGCUCUAGAAAAGAUUGGUCAAGGCCUAACAUUCACGACGAUGAUGUCGUCACACACGAACAAAUCUGGCUCAGCGAUCGCAGCGAUGACGUUGCUGGGACUGCAAGCGGUGUUCUUCUUCGCGCUCGCGUGGUACUUCGACCACGUGCGGCCCGGCCGCUACGGGCACGCGCUGCCGUGGGACUUCCUGCUGCAGAGGUCGUACUGGGUGAAGAACAACGUGAAGCCGGACUCGGCGUCGCGCCAGCUGCAACGGCCGGCGUCGCACGACGAGCGCUACUUCGAGCCGCCUGGCGCUAGGGAGGUGGGCAUCAGCGUGCAUAACGUCACCAAGAUGUUCCCAAAACAACGCGCGCUAAACGACGUGUCUCUGGACGUGUACAAAGGUGAAAUCACCAUCCUGCUGGGACACAACGGCGCUGGAAAGACCACGCUUAUGUCCAUCAUCACUGGUAUGAUCGGGCCAACGUCAGGCAAGGUCCUGGUGAAUGGUCUAGACAUGUCCUCGGAGAAGGAGGCAGCACGGCAGCACAUCGGGCUGUGCCCGCAGCACAACCUGUUCUUCCCAGACCUCACUGUACUGGAGCACGUCAUGUUCUUCACGCUGCUCAAAGGCUCAUCCUUCUUCGAAGCGCGAAUCUCUUCUCUGGCUCUACUGGACAAACUGGGCAUCAAGGCCAAAGCAGACAAUAUGAGCGACGAACUAUCCGGCGGCAUGAAACGGCGACUUCAGCUGGCGUGUGCACUUGCUGGGAACGCGCGAGUGCUUAUACUGGACGAGCCCACGUCUGGGCUUGACGUGGAGACGCGCCGGGAGCUGUGGGACCUGCUACUGUCGCUGCGAGGCUCUCGCACCGUCCUGCUGUCGACUCACUUCAUGGAGGAAGCGGACGCUUUAGGCGACCGCGUGGCGGCGCUGCACGCCGGCCAGCUGCGGUGCCACGCCACGCCCAUGUACCUCAAGAGGGCCUUAGGCACCGGCUACCGUCUCACCUUCACCACGAUCGGCCAGCCCAAAGAAGACCCUAUGACCAACGUAAUACAGUCCAUAGUUCCGGAUGCGGCCGUCAAGGAAACCACCAUCAACUCGAUAUCGUACAACCUUCCCGCGGCAAGCAGCAAGCAUUUCCCGAGCUUGUUCACUAAACUGGAAUCUCAGCGAUCGGAGCUGGGAAUUGACUCAAUUGGAGUUGGGAUAACCACGCUUGAGGAGGUGUUCUUAAGAUUAUGCAGUGACGUCGACACUUCGCGCUCGCAAGAUGAACUUGACGGAAAUCUUGGAGGCAUGGCUUCAGAACCGACGUUUAACAUUCUCUCCGGACCGCGCCUGUACAUUCGUCAAAUACUGAUGCUGAUGAAACGUCAAUUGCUCUUCCUAUGGUACAAGAGGAUGUAUUUCUUCAGUUUGCAAGUACUAAUCCCAGUGCUUCUAAUGUGCACAUUCACGCUGAAUUCCAACAACGCGGCGACCGGCGACGUUGACAACCCUGCUCUGGCCAUGAACCUGGACGUGUACAAGGAUAUGCCUGGAUACAGGAUGCUCUACAACCUGCCCAAGGGCGAAGCCUCCUUGAAGCCGCUGGACGCCUAUCCUAACGUGAAGUUUGAGGAGACUGGUGAUGUCAAUGAAGCGGUUCUAAACGCCGGCAGGCGUAGCGUGUUGGAAUACAACCAAUAUCUGGCUGGAGUAGAACUCAACGACACUGAAGCGAAGGUGAUGUACACAACAUUAGUUCGCCACGCAGCACCCUCAGCCCUGAACCUUUUGACGAACCUACUAGCAGCGCGCGUGUUACCCUGGGCUGGCGGCAAAACGCUCACCACCAUCAACCACCCCUUACCAGGCGCGCAAGUGCCGUACAUGACGGAUACCAUCGUGCAGCCUAAGGCCAUGGUGAACUCUGUCACUUGGGGCGUGAUCUUGGUGUUUGUGUUCCUCUCUGCCAUAUCUGGAGCCGCCUCACUCCCAUGCCGUGAGCGCGUGACCGGCGCCCGUCACAUCCACAUUAUGGCGGGAUGUCCUGCAGAACUGCACUGGGCAGCCACUCUGCUGUUCCAUACAUUGAUACAUGCGACCACACUGAUAGUGCCUGCUAUGAUCAUCUGUGCUGCGCUGGACGACGAUAAGACAUUUACGGACCCGAAAUUUAUAAUGUGUCUGGGCCUGUCGCUGGUGCUGGGCCUGAUGGCGUUCCUGGCGCUGACGUACCUCGUCAGCUUCUACUUCCAGGAGAACGGCACCGGCGGCGUGCUUUUCUGCUCCAUCAUACUAUUUGUACUCGUAAUGCCGAUGCUAAAAGCCGUAGGCAGCAUGAAAAUGGAGAGAUCGUUCUCCGACCGUCUGCUGUCUGUGUCUAGCGCAGUGGCGCCCCCACAUACGCUAGUUUCUGCCGUCCUGGAUAGCAUAUUCACGGCGCGACACAACACGCUCUGCAACCUGAACCGGGACAAGUGCCCCGUGUUGCCAGUAGCAGAGUCAGACUUCGAUAUCGACGCUUGCUGCACAUCAGAUCCUAAUACUAACGCGUUCUGCUACUUCUGCCUGGACGAAGGCGCGCCCGGAAAAUGGCUGUUUUACAUGUUCGGUCAAAUUGUCAUCUUGAUGACUCUGGUAUUCCUGACGCAACGCGGGCUAUUCAAGCGUAUGUGGGACGCAGCGCUGAACGCGCGAUAUGCACCGCCCGCGCCGCGCUUUAACGACGAGGUCGUGAGGGCCGAGCGAGCUUACGUCGAGAAGGCCAUCGAGCUACCGGACAGACAGAUCGCGGACGCGCUGCUAGCGUCUGACAUCCACAAGCGUUACCGCGGCCUCUGCAGCAGCUGCAACGCUGUCAAGGGCGUCAGCUUCUCCGUCAAAAAAGGCGAAUGCUUCGGUCUACUGGGCGUGAAUGGCGCGGGCAAAUCAAGCAUGUUCCAAGUACUGACGGGCGAGCAGUGGCCCACGAGGGGACGCAUCUUCGCCAACGGACAGCGCAUGGACGGCUACUCGGCGCAGUACCUUCGUGGCCUCGGCUACUGCCCGCAAUUCUCGGGCCUAGACGAGUUCCUUACCGGCCGCCAGAACCUGAACCUGUUGUUGGCGCUACGCGGCCUGUGCGCCGGCGACGCCGCCGCCGAAGCGCUGGCAUGGAUCAACGUUGUUGGCCUGCAAAAGUACAUCGACCGCAAAGUGAUAGGCUACAGCGGCGGCUGCGUGCGUCGGCUGGCGGCCGCGGCGGCACUGUGCAACGGAGCCCCACUUACAUUGCUAGAUGAGCCUACUUCUGGCGUGGAUGUAUCGGCUCGCCGCCGAGUCUGGGCUGCCUUACGACGCGGGUUGAAGAACCAGCGAUCUAUUAUCAUCACUUCGCAUAGCAUGGACGAGAUGGAAGCUCUAUGCACGCGUAUAUGCAUAAUGUCUGCGGGCGAGGCGUGCGCGCUCGGCUCGCCGGCUGGUCUGCGCGCGCGCCACGCCGCCGGCCACGCCGUGCUCAUCAAGGUGCGCGCCGACCACGCCGACCGCGACCAGCACCCGGCGGGAGACGAGGUGGACUCCUCCAAGACCCUGGUGAACCAGCUGAAAGGAAUGCUGCAGCAGAAAUUCAACUGCACCCUCAAAGAUGAACACAAGACGAUGCUUCACUACCACAUCAACGAAACGAUGCAGUACAGCAGUCUGUUCCAAGAGCUGGAGCAACUCAAGGCGUCGUUCCCGACCCUGGUGGAAGACUACUCCGUCACCGAGACAACCCUGGAGGAGGUGUUCCUGUCUUUCGCCAAGCCGCCACCGGAGCCCGAGGGCCCCGCCAGACCAGUCUAAACCACCAUUAAGAAGCAGUGCAGGUAUAUCAAACCAAUAGAACCGGCACAGGAUAGCACUUAAAACCGUAAAGCAAAUCCUAUAAUCUAAAAGACGAAGCACACUUAUCAACCCGGAAACGGAUCGUAACCGUAUCAACUCGAGGCGGUCAGUAUUAUUUAAAAACGGGACUAUUACCACCUCUCGUUCCCACCACUGCAACUCCUGUGCAGCCAGGAUCUACAGCUUGACCGCCAUAAAAACCCAACCAAUGAAGGUCAAGUUGUCCCAGGGGAAAGUUAAACUGUCAUUGGACCCGCAACGAAAUUAAUCAGAAGAACAUAGGAGUUCGAAGUUAAGGUGCGACUUCCCUCCAUUGCAAAGCGGAUGACAGGUGACAAACAAAGGUUUAAAACCUUUUAAGAAAAUAUUAUGCACCAGUAUUAUUUGUAUGAAACUCCAUACUGCAACGCACUUAUCCGCACCGUAACGUAAACGCCUCACCUCGCGGCGAAAAGCGAUACGGUGUUCCCUUUCCGGGUUGACAAGUGUGCUAUCUUAAGAGUCCCCGCAGACGACAGGCUUUGUUGGUGUGAACAAGUAUGAAAAGAUAAGACUUAGGCUGGGUUGCACCAUCUUACUUUAACUUUGACAAACGUCAAAAAUCUGUCAAACUCCAUACAAAAAGCACCGGUUUUCGUCAUAGUUACCGUUAAAGUUAGGUGGUGCAACUCGGCCUUAGUCGUCAUACAAAUUAAAAGACCAUACUAUAGACUAUUACUCUGCGGGGACUAAGGACUCCUGCACACCGCCUUUUUUCAGCGUGUUUCAUGCAAUAAGAACGCGCUUUGUACGCGACAUUAUCACAAUCAUUGUAAUUACAUAGCAAAGCAAUCAAAUUUAGUAGCGAUAUCCUAAAAGCGCAUUGACGGCGCGCCUGAAAAAAGUGGUGUGCAUGAACCUUAAAGACUAAACUCCCUCAUUUAUUUAUAUAAUUUACUUCUAAACUGUCCUCUGCGGUCCAAACUACACGCCCUAAGGGCUAGUUUAUUUCGUCCAGAAGAUUAUAUUUAUUUAGUUAAAACAAUACACCACAGUAGAUAUACAUAGCUCUGAUACUGUGGCAAAAAUUAUCCCUAUGAUCGUAGAGCUUACUAUGGCAGGGAUAGAAGAGAGGUCCUAUAGAAAAUCUUAGUAAAGACAUAUUUUUGAAACAUUAGAAUUCCGUCAUUAUUUGAAUGCUUCAAAAAUUAAGUGACGACUUUUGUCACAAAUUAUCAGUUAUUCAUUAUAUUUAACUUAAUAAUAAUAACUAGAAACGGCCAUUAUUCUUAUUUUCAUGAUAUAUCAUACUGUUUACGUCGAUUUAGUUCAAUUGUAUAAAACCAAAAAUAAAGCCACUUUAUUUUGGCUAUUACAUAUUCCUUAAAGUUAACUUAUAUGCCAAAUAUUAACCGGAAAACAAUGUACAAAACGAAUGCAGUUAGAUUAUUUACUAACCACAUAACCCUCACUAUAAAUAAAGUUAGUACCUCACUUUUAAAAGUUAAAACUGUACUCAGAUUAAAGCCCGUUUUCACCAUUAAUUCCUAAUUUUUAUGUGACCCCUAUGGUAACACAUAACAGG